AUGAAGAUUUCAUACAACUCAAACCCAUUUCGCUUCUUCAUCAUCUUCACUGCGUGUUUAUUUAUAUACUUUGCCAUUCAGAAAAAGAAACCUGCAGAUUUGAAUAUAUCCUCAAAUUUUGAGAUCCAACCCAAUCACUAUUCCCUUAUAUCAGAGCCUAUACUUGAUGAGCUUCCGAAUGAAGAUGAAGUUUUAAGACUAUUCCAACAAUGGAAGAAAGAACAUGGACGAGUCUACAGUGAUCUAGAAGAGAUGACAAAGAAAUUUGACACUUUUGUUUCAAAUUUGAAGUUUAUCGUAGAGACUAAUGCAAAGAGAGACUUACCUAAUAGUGCUUUUCUUGGUCUGACCAACUUUGCUGAUUUGAGCAUGAAGGAGUACAAAGAAAAAUACAUGACUUUAAAAACUGAGGCCAUAGAUAUUUUGAACGAUGAUGAUGUUCAGGAAGUAACAUGUAGUGAUCCACCUUCAUCCUUGGACUGGAGGUCGAGAGGAGCUGUCACUCCUAUAAAGCAACAAGGCGAUUGUGGUUGUUGCUGGGCUUUCGCAUCUGUAGGGGCCAUUGAAGGAAUAGUUGCAAUAAAGACAGGGAAUCUUGUCCCCCUUUCAGAGCAAGAGCUUCUAGAUUGUGAACCAAGCGGAAAUUGCGACGGUGGACUUGUGUCCAAAGGAUUGAAUUGGGUAACCAGAAACAAAGGAAUUGCAUCGCAGCAUGAUUAUCCUUAUACGGCAACGAAGGAUGAUUGCAGAUCCUCCCAGCCCCAGAUUAAAAACAGUCCUGGUAGUGGUAUUGAUUCACGUCAGCGCUUGCAGAUAUCAGACAGGGCACUAUUGUGUGCAGUUGCUAAGCAGCCUAUUAUUGUUAGUGUUUAUGCAGAGUCACCCAAAUUUAAAGAAUACAAGGGUGGAUUAUUUAGAGGUGAAGAUUGCCCGUUGGAUUCAACGAAUGUAACUCACGGCAUGGUAGUAGUGGGUUAUAAUUCCGAAGGUGGUGAAGAUUAUUGGAUUUUGAAGAACUCACAUGGAACAACAUGGGGAAUACAAGGCUAUAUGAAGAUGAAAAGGGACUAUACUAAACCGUAUGGAGUGUGUGGAAUCAAUGUACAGGCUUUUAUUCCAAUCAAAAAUUAA